AUGAUGUACUACAAGAUCUCCAAUAUUGAGAUUGUUGGUGAGCAGGAUGUGUUGCGGGACUGUAUUGCCGGGCUCGGUGAAGAGGUUGCUCACGUUGCAUCGCUGCCUGUUGUAGAAGAUGUCAAGGAAGAGCUCGCUGUCGAGAACAAGCGUCUCGCCUACCUCAACCAGUACAAAGCACACCUCGAAAAGAAGCAGAAGCGUCAGUCACAGGCACAAGCAUCAGCUGCUGCAGCCGCUCUCGUGUCACCUCCCAAGAAGCUGCUCAACCUCACCAUCAGCGACGAUGUGAGUCGCGUUGACGAGCGUUUGUUUGGCGUCGACUAUCCACCACGUGUCAACAAGAAAAAGUGUGUCAUUGUGCACGAGAUGCUCAAGCUGCUCAUCCCUAUCGUCAGCAGCAAUGGUGUACCACGAACCAUCCUCAACCAGGUGAUCGACAGCGCGAUGAUCCAGAUUAUCAAAAAGAUUCUGGCCGAGUCAUUGCACUUUUUGCCAUCCACCAUCAACCAGGCCAUCCUGCUCCCCACACAACUCAUCCAAAAUGAACCAACAUGUUUUACAGCAUUGCAAUCUGGAGGAUUGAUCCAAACACUCUUUGACUAUAUUGUCAAUGGUACAAACGCCAUUCUCGGCAUCAAACCAACCGACAAGGAUAAUGACGUUGAAAUGGGAUCAAGUAGUUCUGAUCAACCAUCAGCCGUCUCUUCUUCUUCUUCUUCAAAACAACAAGAGUUAAAUUCAGAAGUCAUUUAUACUAUACCAUCAAUGUUGAGCUCAUUUUGUUUGAAUCAAAAUUUCAAGACCAUGUUGGUUGAUAGCAAGUACUUGGACAAGUUUGUAAAGAUCUUUUCGUCACCCAAGUACAUAUCGUCAUUCAACAGUCGUACAUUUGGUAUGAUUGGUGCCGGUCUCGACGAUUUGUUGCGUCACCACCAAGAGUUGCGUCAAUCGACCAUUGUAGCAACCAUCAGUCUUGUACAGGAUGUCAAGAAUUUGGAUUGGAGCAAUAGUGCAUUGCAAACACAAAACAUUGGUGUCUUCACCUUGGCCACCAAGUUUUUAACCAAUCUCUUUGCCAAUAGUGAGCAGGAUCGUCAUUUUAUCCAACAAGGAGGGUUGGAUCAACUGAUUGAAUUGUUUACAAGUGCUCCCAUUAUCGAUUUAAUGAAGGUUCCACAUACAAAUAGUAAUAGUAGUUCUGCUAGUACCAACUCGACUACCAAUGCAUUUAAUCGUAAUCUUUUAAUAUUCAAGUCACUUUCCAUCAACAAUACAUCUGCAGUAUUAAAGGCAAUUAUCAAGGCAUUGAAUGUAAACUUUACACAACUCGAUAGUAUUUCAAUGUGGAGAAAAUCGAGAAUUAUUCGUGACUGGGUACCUGAAGAGGUACAAAACAAGGAUGGCAUCCAAACAACCGUCAAAAUCAUUGGAGCUUUGGUUCAAAUCCUCACCAGUCUUAUCAAGGAGCAUCCAGAUGAUAUUCCAGUAUCUGUACUCGAUGAAUGGGCUAGUGAAGCUGGUGUCGAGGCCAGUGGAUCACUCAGUCUCUUGCAACGAUCAUUGUAUUGGGAGAAAUUGUCUCCAAAGAAUUCACUUUGUUUUACCACAAUUCCACACUCACCACCAUCUCAAACUCUUACCGGUAAAAGAAAGGAAAAAGAAUCUCCAAAACAAAAGGAAGUAAUUCCUGAAUCUUUAGAUGAUAAUAAUAGUACUAGUAGUACUACUACUACUACUACUAAUGCUCAACCAGCAGCACCACAGGUUAAAGAGGAAUUUAUGCUUCAAAGAUUAUUGGAUGAUUUGGAAUAUCUUUCACAUUAUUUUGUUGAAAGUUUAAAUCCAUUCAACAAACGUGACCAUUCAACAGAUUCAAAAUCAGAAUUACUUAUCAAAACAAUUUCUAAAAGUUUAUUAUUUUGGGUACAAUGGAAACCUGAAGAAACAUUUAAUCAAGAAAUUUAUUCAGAUUAUAUUACAAUAAUAUUUGAUGAAAUAUCAAAGUUAUUCUUCCCACAAUUAAUCAAUUCAUUGUAUGAAUCUCAAUUCUUUGUUCAUUUCUUUGAUAUUUUAAAUCAAUUAUUAUCAUUGUAUCAAUCAAAUCAAAAUGAUACUCAUUUAAUUUCUGCUAUCAAAUCUGGAGGAAAUUUAAUUUUAUCAUCAAUUAAUCAAUUAACAAUUAAAACUCAAUCACAAACGGUUAAACAAAUCAUUGAGAAGAUUCUUCCAACAUUGAUGAGUAAUAUUUCUGGAUUUUGGUAUAUGAAUGAUUUAUCAACGUUGCCAUUGAAAAAGGCAAUUCUCGAAGUUGUCUAUUUGUUUGUUAGCAAGGCUGAUGAAUUGUCAGAACCAGUUGUACAACAACCAAGAAAGAAGUUUUCUACUCCUGUUGUAUUCACUCCAAGUGAAUCGACUAUUGGAAUGCUCGUCGAUAUGGGCUUUGUAAGAGAACACAUUGUCAAUGGAAUGCGUUCCCUUCAAUCAAAUAAUAUUGAACAUGUUACAGAUUGGAUGCUUACAAAUCCAUAUAUUGAAGAACCAGUAGUAGCACCCGUACCAGUAGCAGCAGUAGUAGCACCUGCAGCAGGAGAAGUACCAGCAGUUGUACCUGCUGCAGCAGAAACAGUACCAACAACAACAACAGAGACUGUAGUUUCAGAGGAAAAACCAAAAGUUGAAUCACCAAGAUCACCAGUCACUCCACAACCACCACCACAAGAAAAGGUUACUAUUGCCAAAUUGGUACAAGAUCUCAAACCAACUCUUUUGGAUAAUACUAUGAAGUUAUUGAAUAAUUUAAAGGAAAAUUCUUCAUUGGUUGAUACAAUCUACAAAAUGAUUCUUUAUAUUGCAAAGGAUUCAAAGAUACCUGAAAUUAAAGAUGAAAUUGUCGAUAGAUUAUUAUCUGAAAUUCAAUCAUCAUUUUCAAAUGAUGAAAAUCAAGGAAAGAAUUUAGGAUAUUUAUUCAAUAUGAUUCAGAAAUUGAAUAGUGUCACUGAUGUUCAUCAAUUAUAUUUGGACAAGGGAUUGUUAUUAAUAUUGUUGGGAUAUUUAACUGAUAUUGUUCAUAACAAAGCUCAAACUAUAUUUACCGAACAACCACCAUCAACAUCAACAACAACAGACGACACUGAAUUGGUAAAACAAAUAUCAGAUUGGAAUAAUCUAUUGUGUGUCAUGUACGAUUUGGUUAGAGAUCCAUGUAUAAAGCCAGCCGAUUAUGACUUUGAAACAGAAGAGAAAAAGAUGAUGGAAUGCAAGGAAGAAGUGGAUGAUGAAAAGAGCCAUCUUUUAGAUACGUGCUUAGAGUUGCUUAGAUUAUCAAACAACCAGAAUCACCCAGCCAUUUCGAGUCUUGAUGUAUCGUUGCUCUCACUUAUCAAGGCACUUACCGAGAAUCAUGGUUUGUCUGUACAGUUCCUCAAUAGUGGUGGUGUAGAAACGUUGACCGAAAGAGUGUCGGUUGUUACACCAAGUAGAGAGGUUUACACACUUUCAUCGGAUAUUAUCAAAAAGACAAUGGACGAUAAUAUGAAUGUUCUCCAACUCGACCAGAUUGUCAUUCGUAACACCCUCAGUUCACCAAAGUACUCAAAGGGAAUGCCACCCAAGACCUAUUUGACAUUGUUUGCCAAUUAUAUUGUACCAAAUCCAACUAUAUUCCUACGUGCAAGUGUCGAUCUGUGUAGAAUGACCCAAAACAAUGCCAUCAAUCUUGCCAAGACACCACCACCUCCUCUUCCAUUUAGCGAGAAUGCUCGAUUCCCACAUAUCGUAAAAUUGGCAGAUGUCAUUGUUAAAGCUUUAUUGUCUCCAGAACCAACUGUCAACAAUAAUAUUAGCAGUAGUGCUAGUAGUUCGAAAAAACCAACAUCAAUACCAGUCUUUAGUAAAGCAAAUAUUCUAAAGUUGAUGUGCGAAUUGUUGAUGGACGACAUUGACCUCAUGAAUGGAAAGGGUAGUUUGCUGGUCAUCUCGUUGUUGCAAGCGAUUGGACACUUGACCAAAUACAUCUCUGCACCACCUGCCAGCGACGACAAUAAGAAUCUCAUCAAUAUCUUUGAGUUGCCUUCAAGCAACUUUGAAACCUAUUUCAGAAAUAGUCGAGAUUCGUUGCAUCUCCCAUCGGUUGGUGGCAGUGCUGCCGCCGCGUCCAAUCCAUUGGCCGAGUAUGGGUAUGCACCCAUGGGCAACGAGCACGCAUUUGACCCGAUGCGUGUUGGUGGCCUGUUUUCGAGAAAUCCAGGGUUGCAGGGCAUGCACCAUCCCCGUUAUCAUCUCAGUGUCGACGGUGGCAACAACCUCAUCAUCGAAGCAGAGAUUGACGGCGAUGAAAUGGAUAUCGACGAUGGGUUCCAGGAAGACAGCAGUCAGAGCGACGAUCAAGAUGAUGAAGAUCUUAUGAGCGACGAAAUGGACCAAGAAGACGACGACGAUGACGACGACGAUCUCUACGAACAAGACGAUGGCGAAGAGGAAGUGGUCGAUGGCGAAGAAGGCGACGAUGAAGAAGACCUCAUCGACGACGAGUUUGACGAAGAAGACGACAGAAUCGAUGCAUCGCUCUUUGAGAAUCUCUCACACGCCUCUGCACAAGAACGUGCCAAUAUCAUCAACUUUUUAAACAAUGAUCCUAUAUUUGCACAACUCAACAGUCUUGCCAAUGCCAACCAUUUGAAUCAACACAAUUUCGAAGCCAUCAAUCAAUUGCUCCGUCCACUUGGCAUAGGUGUUGGUGAAGGCGGUCGUCCCAUUAUCCAAGCUCCAAACCUUGGUGGUGGGUUGAUCAGCGCCAACAGCUCAGCCAUAUCAAACGCAGUGCCAAGCAGCAACCAUGAUGAGCUCAUUGCCUAUUCAGUGUCGUUUGAACCAGACUUGGUAAAGUUAUUGACCAAGAUUACAAAAGAAGAAGAAGCUGCUCAAAAACUCAAGGACAAGGAGGCCAAAGCAAAGGAAAAGGCUGAAAAGGCUGAAAAGGAGAAAUUAGAAGCUGCUGAAAAGGCUGCUGAAAAAGAAAAAGAUGAAGAACAAUCAAGUGCUAGUCCACCACCACCACAAACCACUACAGAAGAGUCAACACCUUCAGCAUCAUUGCAAUCUCAAUCCCCUUCACUACAAACAUCUUCUCCAACUGCUUCAACUCCAUCAGUUCCAUCUCCACAAUUGGCUUCUACUUCAAUUCCAACUAGUACCGAUAGUUCAACUGUUGUUUCUCCAAGAAAUAGCAAUCAAAUGGAUGUUGAUCAAGAGGUGGCCGAAGAACCAACAUCUUUGACUGAAUCACCAAUAGUACAAGUUCAAUCACCAAUUGUACAAAGUCAACAAACUUCAUCAGAUGUAGUUGUUCCCGUUGCAGAUGUUGUUAAUCCUCAACCACCUUCAACAGAAGUUGAAAUGAAUGAUGAACCAUCUUCAUCUUCAUCGACUACUACAACCACCACAACUACUUCUACCUCUACUACUAGUACAACAAAUGAUGAACAAUCUAGUUCUUCUUCUUCUUCUACUACUACUGCUGCUUCAACUUCAGUUCCAGUUCCAGCUGAACCAGUUGAUUUAGGAAUUGAUCCAGCAUUUUUAAUGGAAUUACCACCCGAUCUUAGAUUGGAAGUAUUAUCAACCCAACUUCAUCAAUUACAUGAAGCUCAUCCAAACCUUGUCAUUACUAGAGACUUGCUUACAACACUUCCAAAUGAUAUCCAAGAAGAAAUCCUUGAACAAGAAAGAAUUAUCAUGUCUAGAAGAGUACCAGUGAUUCCAGCCAACAUUGAGAUGGCACAAGAAAUGGAUAAUGCAUCGUUUUUGGCUACACUGCCACCCGAUCUCAGAGAGGAAAUCUUGCUCAGUCAACCAGAGGCAUUCCUCUCGACCCUUCCACCAGAGCUCCAUGCCGAGGCUGUUAGACUCCGUGAGCGUGCCUAUGCUCGUGCAGUACCCCCAGCAGGACUGGCCAACAAUCUCGGUGGUGUACCAGCUGGCAUGCCCAUGCGACAAAUAUCGUCAAAGACUGCACCAAAAGCAAAGAGCGUCCCCAACCAAACGGGAUCGAUGGUUCGUCACGAGAAUCUUUUGCCACUCAUCAAGAUACUCUAUCUCGACCAAUCGUGGAAUCGUCAACAACUCUAUUUGAUUCUCCAACAGAUUUGUACAUUUACCGAGAGUAGAAACCAUCUCAUGACCACAUUCUUCCAGAUUCUAUUGUCGUCUCAUUACUCGUCUGCACAUACCAAGCAGAAUCCAGACAUUGUCUACUCGGACACUUAUCGUUGGUCGCCAUUGGAAGAUCCGUUCCAUGCAACCAUCAAGGGUAAACAAUCACGUGUAUUUGACGAGUGUCAGCACCCACCUCUAUUGGUUGUCCGUCGUAUCCUCGAUAUUAUCCAAAACCUACUCAACAACAAUCCAAACUGUGUCAAGUGGAUGCUCACCGAACAACCAUUCCCAGAACCAGUCUCGAAAAAGGGUAAAGAAAAGGAUGUAGAUAUGACCAAGUCGACACUUCCACUGUGGAAGUUGUGUUCGAUCAUCAAGAACAAGGAAAUCAUCACCAAGACAUCCAACAUUGACAAGUUGGUAUCAAUCAUUUUAAUGAUUGUCGACUAUCAAAUCUUGCAAAAACAAAAGCUUCCUCAAUUUGAUCAAAAGUAUUUGAGCUACAUUAUCGAAGCAAUGUUGAAUAGCAAUUCAAAUGAUAUCAAGCCAGCCACACUUUUAAUCAAACUUUCCCAAGAGAGUCGUCCAGUAGUUUUGGAAGAAUUAAAUGUCAAUGUCAAGAUACUUGUUGGACAGGUCAUCAAACAUUUGAACCAACUCAAAUCAUUGUUUACAUCGUCACAUUUGUCACCUGCCACCCUAGUAGCAAUGUACCUUCCAUCAUCAAACAAGGAAUCUAAUCUUUUGCAAAUACUCACAACCAUCAAUUCGAUCAUUCAUUAUUCAAAGAGUACAACCCCACCUUCUGUAAAUUCACCAUUGGUAGUUAAUAAUUUACAACCACCUCAAUUACCAGGAGGUCAACCAAUUCCAAAUCCAAUUCCUCCAGUUGCUGUUGCAGCUGCAGUUCCAGCUCAAGCUCAAGCUCAACCACAAUCACCUCCAGCUCAACCAACUCAACCAACUGACGCCACAUCAACCUCUUCUCCCACCACAACAACUACGACUACUUCAUUACCACCAAUGAAUAUAACAAUUGGAGAAUACUUUAAAAAUGGAGAAUUUGAAGCACUUUGGGAUGUUAUUAAAUCAUUUUUAACAUUUAUCAAUACUAGUGAAAAGGAAGAUCCAAAUGCCAGUGCCUCAAUGACUGACAACAACAAUAACAACAAACCAGCAAUGUCAAACAAACAAAAGUUGACCAAACAUAAAAAGUUGGCCAAUGUACCAAUGUCAUCGUUGAUAUUGCCAUUGAUGGAAAUCUACUUUUUGUUAAACUCUCCACAUCCAGAAAAGAUUGCCAAUAAUACUGUGCCAUCAUCGCCAAGUCUUACCGGCUUGCGUUUGAGUGCUCAACAAAUCCCAACACAGUCUAUUAGCGGUAGUAGCAGUAGUGGUAAUCUCAGUCAGAUGACCACCUCAUUGUCGUCUGGUUCCUUGUCGUCUCUAGCCUCGACCAAUACCCCACCCAUGGUCGAUCAACAGACCAUACGCUUCUACGAGUUUGUUGAUCAAAACAAGAACCUCAUCAACGAUCUCAUUCGUCAAGACAAUAACUUGUUGAACAAUUCAUUCUCGGUUUUACUCAAGGUACCCAAGUUCCUCGACUUUGACAACAAACGAACCUACUUUAGACAGUACUUCCAAUCGAGAAAGGAUCGUGCCAAUACCAUCCGUCUCAAGAUUCGUCGUAACCAUAUUUUUGAAGACAGUUAUAUGCAACUUAGAAUGCGUCCUGCCGAUGAACUCAAGGGCAAGUUGCACAUUCAAUUCUCUGGUGAAGAAGGUAUUGAUGUUGGUGGAUUAUUGCGUGAAUGGUAUUUGGUGUUGUCUCGCGAGAUGUUUAACCCCAAUUAUGCACUGUUCAAGGUGUCGGCUGCCGACAAUGUCACCUUCCAACCCAACCCAGAAAGCUACAUCAACCCCGACCAUCUCUCAUACUUUAAGUUUGUUGGUCGUAUGAUUGGCAAGGCAUUGUACGACGGUCAAAUGCUCGAUGCCUUUUUUACUCGUAGUUUCUACAAACACAUGCUCGGUCUACCAAUCACCGUGACUGAUAUGGAGGCAAUCGAUCCACAAUUCCACAAGAACCUUAUAUGGAUGUUGAACAAUGACAUUACCAAUGUUGUCGACCUCACCUUUACCUCAGAGAUUGAUAUUUUCGAUUCCACCAAGGUCAUUGAUCUCAAACCAAACGGUGCCAACAUCCCAGUGACCGAAGAAAACAAACAUGAAUACGUUCGUCUUGUUGCUCACGCUCGUAUGACCAACUCGAUCAAGGAACAAAUCACCAACUUUUUGGAAGGAUUCCAUGAACUCAUUCCCAAGCAGUUGAUAUCCAUCUUUAACGAAUUGGAACUCGAACUGUUAAUUUCUGGUCUUCCCGAAAUCGAUAUCGACGAUCUCAAAUCCAACACUGAAUACACUGGGUACACUGCAGAGUCGCCACAAAUCAACUGGUUCUGGAAUGUCGUUGCCGAAAAGCUAUCAAACGAAGAAAAGGCUCUCCUCCUUCAAUUCGUUACCGGUACGACAAAGGUGCCACUCGACGGCUUCAAGGCACUCGUCGGCAUGUCCGGUCCACAAAAAUUCCAAAUCCACAGAAUCAGAGGAAACUCUCAUAGAUUGCCCACAGCUCACACUUGCUUUAAUCAAAUCGAUAUUCCUGAAUAUGAUACCCAAGACCAACUAGAAAAAAUGUUAAAGAUUGCCAUCACUGAAAAUUCUUCUGGUUUUGGUUUCCAUUAA